AUGUCUGGGAUCGUGGAGACCUCUACGAUGGCCAGCACGUCUAGUGCACCUUUGUUGCAGCAUUUAGAAUCCACAACUUUACCUGAAGCUUCAUCAUUGUCGUCGUUGCCACUCCAGAUCCUCACUUCCCCCCUUCGCGCCUUCCAACACGCCGAGACCUUUGCCCUCCGGACAGUUCCUCAAACGCUCGCCAGAUUUUCCGGAAUGAAUGCCCUAGGCUUGGACUUUUGGAGCGGAGCAGACACGACUACCGGAGCGCGUGACGCAGUGGCAACGGCAGCCAACGCGGCAGCGAAUAUGGCUGGAGAUGGGACUGCGGGAGGAGUAGGCCAGGAAGGCGGCUACUACAUUGCUGAGUUCUUGAGUGCUAUCAAGAAAGUUGGCGGCUUCUUUGGGUAUCUGACUAGUCUAUGGUCAUUCGCGUGUUUGGUGGAGGCACUUAUUCUCAACCGCAUCACAAUCUAUGCAUCCACUCGGCGACACCUUCGACUAGGCUGGGAAAGACGCCUGGCUCUCCGUUUAAUCCCUAUUCUUCUCUUCGUGUUCCAAAUCCUGAGUCUGCUCCGCGGAAUUAGGUGCCAAACAUCGCCCGACUUUUCUACAUUUCGAUACGGCAAGCCGGGAAAGCAACUCAUAUUCGACUAUUCCAGUGAUGGGGGCGCUCUUUAUUCGUUCAGUUCCAAGCUUCUGGGAUGGGAGUCCGUCGAACAGUCCUGCAGCGCUGUGAAAAUGGGCCGUGCAGGCACCUCGUCGCCGAUUCCAUAUGGGUCCUUUUCCCUCUUGUGGCCGACGUUUUUGCUUCUUUGCGGGAGCCAUUUUGCCGAAACUCUGUCAUGCGCAUUGCAAGGAAAGCCUGUGAUGACUGAGACAGGAAUGUCUAUCUUUGAGCAUUCGCUUGCAUUCGCCGAAGCCGAGUCGAUGAUCAGCAAAUCGAUCGGACUGGGCAUGUUUGGUCUUCCAAAACAAAGUCCUCUCAGUGCUGGUUCAUCUGGUGAAGCGUCAGCCUCGGUCCUUCAAAUGCUCACAAGAUCGCAAGUCUUGGAACGCAUGAAUGUCACGCCUGAAUUGUUACUCAUCGCAUUGAUAUCGUGCUGUAACAGCCUUACAUCCCAUCUCCUAGACGUUGUCGGGAAGCAGAGCAGAUACCGACUGCUCAAUACUGCCUUUUGGGGUGCAUGCUUCAUGACAGCCAUGUUAUGGGGUUUGGAAGGCGGUCCGCCCAUCAGCAUUGAAACUGGCGUUCUGAAAUUCCCAACUGUCUGCAUUGUCGGGUUCAUUCCUCACAUACUUGUGUUGCUUGGCAUCGUUGUCUGUGUGACAAUUUAUGGAAUUGCGCUUACCAUCACCGCUUUCUCGUUGCAUCCAGAGUAUGAACAGCCCGUCUCACUCCGUGAGCGGUUCAUGCUCGCCCAUGAAAAUAUGCAAGGAUCCAACCAGAUCCGCAGCAUUCGCAUUAAUAGACACGAGGAUUUCUAUACGACGUUGCUUCGGAUCGGCUAUGUCGCUCUCACCGCUGCGAGCGAAGCCGUUUUCUUGAACGAAGGAAAAGCAGUCAUCGCGCGGCGCAUGACUUGGCUGGAAGAGGAUCGACUCGCUGAGAUCGAAGCUUCUCGGAAGAAGUAUUCUUCCUAUGGAAAUUGGCAAAGUGAAUCCAACACUCGGCCGAUCGAGGCCCUAGGCUUUGCAAGCUUUGAUCUUCCACAAGAACCUCCCACUUGGGAGAGUGGUUACGGCCGUGAAAAGAAGAUUGAGAAACAAAAGAAUGGUUCUCGCGCCGUUCGCUCCCAGGCCGAGCUUGGCGGAGUUGGAGCGGUGCGCGUAUCCAUUCGGCUGUGGCACGUCGCCUCGUUCUUCCGUGCUAUUUCGUUGCUCGUCCUGCGUUGGGCUGCAUUCGGACUUAGCACGGUGCUUGACCGACUGGGAUUCACUGCUCGUCCAAUGUGGCUGAAACGCCUGAUUGAACACCGUCAACAAAAGGCCGAGACUGACAAGCCCGGCGGAUCUCGCACAUUAGACUUCUGGAUCCUCUCUGAUGAUGGAGAAAUCCGACUUCCCGAGAACGGUGACUUCGAUGUUGAGCUAGAAAUGAGGAAGCGAGAGCGGACAAAUCAAAUGGAGCGAUCGGGACUGGAUGAAGGCUGGUUAGACGACAGGUUGUACGGCUGGUGGAGAUCCGGUGGUGCCUGGGGUAACCAAGACCACAGCUCAGACUACCAACCCACAGCCGACGAUGACUUUGACACUACCAGCAUGGUGUCCAUGUCGACCAAUGCCUCGGGAUCGGAAUGGGAGGACUACCCAUCUGACGACGGACGUCGUACUCCCACCCAACGUGAACCAUACGCAGACAGGGCACGAUCUGUCCGGCUCCAAGACCCUCUUCUUGACAUGGGCACCCUCGCCCGUCUUCUCGAUCCCCGUGACCGGGAAAGCAGAGAAGAAGCCCGCAUCCUAGCCGCGCAUCUCAAACCCAACCAGGACGGUCCCCAGAUCAUGACCCGCAGCCGCUACCACAAAGAGAUUGAACGUGAGAAAUCCAAAAUCAUUUUCUCGUCUCGUCUGCAUCAACUGAAUGCCAUGGACUCCGGGUCCAGUGGGCGGAAGCCCACCGCCGAUGAAGAAUCCGAGAUUCUGGAGAAGCUCAUCCUCUCCCGUCGCGCGGAGACUUCACCUAACGCGGAUGCUUCGUCUUGGGAGUCUGGUGCAACAGGUCUUGGUCCUAAUGGCCCGCCUUGUGUGGUCUGCCAAACUAGCCCCCGAGCUAUCAUCACCUGGCCCUGUCGCUGUCUCUGCAUUUGCGAAGACUGCCGCGUUAGUCUUGCGAUGAACAACUUUGGCAGCUGUGUGACCUGCCGUCAGGAAGUUGGGGGAUUCAUGCGUCUAUGGGUCCCGUGA